AUGGCAGACUAUAGCUCCCGUGACCGAUUUUAUGGCUCUCGCAACCCUGCUUAUAAUCCGCCGCAGCAGGACAGACAGCGAGAUGCCGCAUUUCACAACAUCUUUGGUGGCGCGCCACCCCCCGGCCGAUCUCAGACCAUGACCAGCGACACCCAGUAUAUGAUGGAGCAGCAGCCCCGUCUUCAGAGUUUGACGUCGCAAUCACCUCAAAAUAUGCCUAUGCGGCCACCGCCGCAGCGACAAUUUCCGCCAGGCUAUGAUCGAGCGAAUGGCACAUCAGCGCCAUAUAUGUCGAACGGUAUGACUGGCGCCAACGGCGCGAGACAGCCUCCUCCGAACCCGGCUCCAUUCCCCGACCGACGACAAUAUCCUCCUCCUCAACGCAUAGAGCCAGGACCCGGCGGCCCCAUGCCUGGGUAUGGAAGGAAACCGGUGCCAAACAGAAUGCCUCCACCAGCAAUGAACAAUGAUGCGUAUAGGUCACGAUCAAUGGUGGGACCACGACCUGGCGAGCCACAGCAGCUUCGGGGACCACCCCCGAACAGUUUUCAACAAGGCACAGCCAACGCCUUCCGACAGCAACCUUAUCAGGCCAUGGGCGCGAGAACGACUCAGCAUGGUCGAGCAAUUCCAGAACGCGCGAAUGAUCGAGCCAUGACCAUGGGUGGCUAUUCAAGUAUGGAUGGCGAUCACACGCAGCUGACCAGUGGUAGAGUCAUUCCCGGGCGACGGCGCGAGUCAGGCUCCGACCCGUUCUCAGAUCACGCUGCACCUUCGUUCACUAAACCACCGCCCCAAAACAGUUUUAACCAGCCACCCGCCUCAAGGCGACCACCCAGCGAGGGCAGCUCUACGAUCCCAACUCGUGCUGUUUCCACAGCUUCUGUUACCUCCACUUAUUCUAUUGGGGGCUUGAGCGACUCUAGUACCGUCGUCAACGGGUCCAGGAGCGACAGUAUGUCGGCGCGAAGUCGUCCUCCGGCUCAGCCGCAGCCUCAACAAUCUCAUACGAGUAGCGCUAGCAACGCUGUAACUCUUGUUCAACGUCGUUCGCCGCUCGUCUACCCUGCCCUCCUAUCCCGCGUCGCGGAUGCUUUUCAAGAGAGAAUCGGUCUUGGCGAUCGAAACAAGAACGAUUUGUCCUACAAGAACGCCUUUACUGGUGCAGAGGCCGUUGAUUUGAUUGCGUAUAUCAUCAAGACCACGGAUCGAAACCUCGCACUCCUGCUCGGCCGCGCUCUGGAUGCGCAGAAGUUUUUCCACGAUGUGACCUACGAACAUCGUUUGCGAGAUGCACCAGGCGAGGUGUACCAGUUCAAGGAAACUAUGGGUGACGACAACACAUCGAAGACUGGCCACGUCGACGGUGUUUUCACGUUGCUCACCGAAUGCUACUCCCCAACGUGUACCAAAGACCAGCUCUGUUAUUCUAUUGCCUGUCCACGACGACUCGAACAGCAGGCACGCCUCAAUAUGAAACCCAGUGGCCUCCGCCACACGGCAUCGAAGAGUAGCUUGCAUGAUGAAGAUCAAGAGCAGAAGCUGUGGAUCAACAGCGUGCCGAAGGAAGUUGCAGACAGGAUCGAUGAUCGGGAGAAAAAGCGACAGGAAGUCAUCUCCGAGAUUAUGUACACCGAGCGCGACUUUGUGAAAGACUUGGAGUAUCUACGCGACUUUUGGAUUCGACCGCUACGGGGCUUGAGUGCGAAUGUCACAUCGCCCAUCCGCGAAGAGAAGCGAGAAAAAUUCGUUCGUACUGUCUUUGGCAAUUCUCAAGAGGUCCUAGCUGUCAACUCCAAAUUUGCGGACGAGCUUUCGAAGAGACAGAAGGAACAGCACGUGGUUCAGCAAAUUGGCGACGUCUUCCUCAAAUGGGUGCCACAGUUUGACCCGUUCAUCAAGUACGGUGCGAACCAAAUGUAUGGAAAGUACGAAUUCGAAAAGGAGAAGGGCAUGAAUCCAGCAUUUGCGCGUUUUGUGGAUGAAACCGAGCGUCUCAAAGAAUCCCGCAAGCUCGAACUCAAUGGCUACUUGACCAAGCCCACCACUCGCCUUGCGCGAUAUCCACUACUUCUCGACAAUGUUCUCAAAUACACCAAGGAGGACGAUCCUGAUAGAAAAGACAUACCCAAGGCCAUUGGCAUCAUCCGAGACUUCCUUGCCAAGGUCAACGCUGAGAGCGGCAAAGCCGAAAAUCACUUCAAUCUCCUUCAAUUGAGCCAGCAGCUCAAAUGGAACCCCGGCGAGUACACGGAUCUCAAGCUGACUGAAGACAAUCGUGUCAUUUUGACCAAGAUGACCUUCAAGAAGGCUGCGGGCGACUCGGCAGAAGUUAUUGUCUAUCUGUUCGACCAUGCUGUUCUGAUGUGUCGAGUCAAGACUGUCAGCAAGCGAGAAGAAUUACGUGUGUACCGCAAACCUAUUCCCCUGGAGCUGUUGAUGAUCGCCGAGAUGGGCGAAGUCAUUCCUCGUAUCGGGAUUGCCAAACGAUCCUCGUCCAGUCUCAUACCUGGCAACAAGUCUUCGACUGCCCCGGCCGGACAGAAGGAGGCUUAUCCAGUCACUUUCAAGCAUCUCGGUAAAGGCGCAUAUGAGCUGCAGCUGUUUGCACCUUCAGUUACCCAGCGCAAGAAGUUCAUUGAAAUGGUGGAAGAGCAACAGACAAAGCUGCGAGCGAGAAGCAGUAACUUUUACACCAAAAAUAUCCUCUGUCAAGCCUUCUUCAACUCUCAGAACCGUGUCAACUGCUUGGUGCCAACUGAUGGAGGUCGUAAGCUCAUCUACGGUACAGAUAAUGGCAUUUACAUUGCCGAUCGAUGGCCCAAGGACAAGUCUGUCAAGCCUCGCCGGAUCAUUGAUGCUACUCAGGUCACUCAGAUCGACACUCUCGAGGAGUAUAGACUGCUUCUGGUGUUGUCCAACAAGACCCUACAGUCUUACCCCUUCGAAGCUCUGGAUCCCCAGAACCAAAAUUCGUUAGCCAUUCGGCCACGCAAGAUCCAAGGUCACUCCAAUUUCUUCAAGGCUGGAAUCGGUCUUGGCCGGCAUCUGGUGUGUUCGGUGAAGACAUCGCAGCUUUCUACCACCAUCAAGGUCUACGAGCCGGUCAACACUCUCGCCGAGGGAAAGAAAAAGCCAGCGCUCAGUAAGAUGUUCGCUAGCGGUCAAGAAACGCUUAAGCCAUUCAAGGAAUUUUACAUCCCAGCCGAAUCGUCCUCGGUCCAUUACUUGCGUUCCACCCUUUGUGUUGGGUGUGCACGUGGCUUCGAGGUCGUCUCGCUCGAGACGACCGAGCGUCAAUCCCUGCUUGAUCAGGCCGACACUUCUCUAGACUUCGUCACUCGCAAGGAGAACGUUAAGCCCAUUCACAUAGAACGUCUGAACGGGGAGUUCCUGCUCAACUACUCGGACUUUUCAUUCUUUGUCAACCGCAACGGCUGGCGAGCCCGACAAGAUUGGAAGAUCCAAUGGGAGGGAACGCCACAGGCAUUUGCUCUUAAUUACCCCUAUAUUCUGGCUUUCGAGCCCAAUUUCAUUGAGAUUCGACACAUCGAGACGAGCGAGUUGAUCCACAUCAUGACUGGGAAGAAUUUGAGGAUGCUGCACACAAGCACUAGAGAGAUUCUGUAUGCAUACGAAGAUGACAACGGAGAAGAUGUGAUUGCCAGUCUGGAUUUCUGGCAACAAGCGCCUCCAUGA